AGACGGACACAAAGACACAGAAGUGGAGGACUUGAGGACAGAGAGGACUCCAGUGAUCGACAUAUCCCUCAAACCGAUGCCUCUAAUGAUCGCCCGUUUGUCUGCAUUGAAGACAAUUGUGACAAACGAUUCAAACGGAAAUCACAUCUUAAUGGACAUAAAUAUUCCGUUCAUUUGAAACUCAAAAGAAUCAAAUGUGAUGUCGAGGGUUGCGAUCAGCGGUUUGCCCAGAAAGACGGAUUAAUCAAACACAAAAGUUUCGUACAUUUAAAAGUCAAGGCAUUCAUCUGUGAUGAGAAAAACUGCGGCAAACCUUUUGCGCGAACAUACGAUUUAAAUGUCCACAAACGGGUCCACUCGGGAGAGAAACCUUACGCUUGCGAUGGAAUGGAUUGCGGCAAACGAUUCGCACAGAAAUCACAGUUACAUCGACACAAAAAUAUCAUUCAUUUGAAACUCAAGUCAUUUGUUUGUAAUGAAGACAAUUGCGGCAAACAAUUCACCUCAAAAUCCACUCUCAAUGAACACAAAAAUGUCGUUCAUUUAAAGAUAAGAAAUUUUGUGUGCAAUGAACACAACUGUCAAUACAAAAGUGCCACAAAUAGUGAUCUAACAAAACACAAACGCAUUCAUACGGGAGACAAACCAUACGUUUGUGAUGAAGUUGGUUGCAAACUCGGAUUCACCCGGAUAUCGAGUUUAAAUGAACACAAAAAUGUCGUGCAUUUGAAGCGCAAGAAGUAUGUGUGCGAUGAAUAUAAUUGCCGACAAAAGUUUGGCCAAAGAUUACAACUUAAUCGACACAAACUCAUUGACAGCGGAGAUAAACCAUAA